AAAUUAUCCACUACAAUAAAACUACUUUACCGACAUUUCCAUAGUACUUUUUAAUAAUAUCACGUUGGUAACAUUAGUUUUACAUCCCGCUUUUAAAUAAACGUCAAGUUUUUGUGUACAAGAAAAACGUUCUUGGAGAGAUCCUGUUUGAUCCUGUUUUUUAAUACUACUCCAUCACGUAAACGUUCAUUCUCCGCCAAGUAACUUUCCAUCCCAGCUUAUAACUUUUAUUUUAACCUGUACUAUUUUCACUAUGAGUUUUACUUGUAUAAUCUGUAGCGACAUUCUUAAUCCUACAAUUGAUAUUUAUGCAACAACGUGCGGGCAUAUAUUUCAUUAUAUUUGUCUUAUUCAAUGGCUUCAAAGAUCAAAAAGUUGUCCCCAAUGCCGAUGUAAAGUUACAGAAAAAGAUAUGAUACGUCUCUACGUUACCUCACUAAAUACUUCAGGGAUUGUCGAAGAUGUUGGUUCUUUACAAAUAAGACUAGAUAAUGCAUUGUUUCAAAUUAAGCUCAAGGAUUUAGAUAUCAAAAAGAACGAAGAAAAGAUGUUAAAGGAGAAAAAGCGAAAUGAACUUUUAAGGACCGAGAUACAACAACAUGAAUCUGACAAAGUAACUUACGAGUCCGUUAUUCGUAGCUUAAAGGACCAAGUGCAAUAUUUUAAAACAAAAGUAAAAGAUUUUGAACAACUUCGAGAUGAAAACAAAUCCUUGUCAAUCAAAAUAAAAGAUAUGCAAAACAUUGACUUGAUUAUAUCGGGUUGCAAAGAUCAAGUUACAGAAAUGCUUAAAUAUGAUCAUGAUCCAAAAUCUUUAUCUUUAAUGGUGCAAACAUUAAAAAAGGAACUUGUUGAAAAUCAAAGAAAACAUCGAUAUGAUAAUAUGACAAUGAAAGUUUUGCAUGCCAAUAUUACUCAAUUGAAAAAUGAGUUGGUAGAUGUAAAAAAGGAAUUUGAGGAUUUUAAAGAAAAUAAGGGAAGAAGAUGUUUAGCUCCUAAGUUAAAGCCUACUAACUCGCCCAUUUGUCUUGAUUCAACUUAUGUUAAUAAAUCAUCAGACUCGGAUUGUUUUAUUUUAGAUUCACCAAAGCAGCCAUCUAAAUCUUUACCUGCAACUGAAAAUGCUGGUUCAAAACUUCACUUAGAUUUAACUUAUACGCCAGCAAUAAAAAGUAGCAGUGUGGGUCUAUCUUGUAUAAUAAGCCCAGUAGUCACUAAAUCCAAUGAAGGUGUUAAAAAAACAAUAGGACAGUUAUUACUACCAAAAACGACUAAACCAUUCAAUUGUGAUUAUCAUUAUGAUGGUAUGGGUGGUCAUAGUAAAGAUGUUCGGUUCCCAGAACCGCAAUUAGCGAGACCAUCACCAGGAAUUAAAGGAUUUAAAAGACACCAAUCAGCUAUGAAAUCUAUCAAUAAACACAAAGUACGAAAAUUGGCCGCCAAAGGUCUUUCUGAAUAUGUAAAUAAACAAUGUGAUGAUGAUGGAGAUACUGCAUAAGAUUUUUUCUGUAUUUUUAUAUGAUUUUAAUAUUUUACUGCGAUUAAUUUAUUUUUGUAAUAAUAAUGAAUAAAAAAAAGAAAUAGUUUUUUUAAUUGCAAAAGUGUUCAUUAAUAACUGAGACUCAGUCAGGAAAACAGUACAUGAUAAUAAUUUAACCCCUGGUCAUAAGACUAAAAUUCCAAUGAAAGUGGAUUGUUCUGGAAAGUUUUGCCAAACAAGGCAUGUGUUUACAGGGAAGAGCGAAAAGUACCAAGCAGACAAGUGUCCAAAAACAAGGUUACUGCUAUCCCUUGUGCCAAUGUUAAUGGUACACAUAAACUCCAACGUUUGUUUAUAGGCAAAGCGAGAUCACCUAGGGAAUUUAAAAAUGUUACCAAAAGCAAGCAUGGGAUGCCAAAGAAGUUUUCCUAGAAUAAUUCCGCAAUGAUUUUGUCUCAGUAGUACGACGUUUUUUAAAAAGCAAGAACUUUCCGCCGAAAGCACUUCUUAUUUUAGACAAUAAACACUAUUUUUGCCACCUAAUUGUACACCACUGCUUCAACUUAUGAAUCAAAAUGUGAUCCAAAUGAUAAAGACUUAUUAUAAAAAAAAUCCUGAAUGCAGUUUUGCGAGAAGAUAUAUCACGAAAACGUUAAAAGACACGAAUUUAAAACAUGCUGUAUUUACCGUGACUGAGGCUUGAAAUAGUGUACUUGAGAGGGUAAUACGAUCGUCAUGGCGGAAGUUGUUGGCAUCAUUAGAUAAUAAUGAAGUAAAAGCUGAAUGAACUUCA